AUGGCCACUAUCAAGGCCAUCGAGGCCAAGUCUGUACAUCAGAUCCAAUCAGGUCAAGUCAUUGUCGACCUGUGCUCCGUUGUCAAAGAGCUAGUUGAGAACAGCCUCGAUGCUGGUGCCACUGCUCUCGAAGUACGGUUCAAGAACAACGGCUUGGAUGCGAUCGAGGUACAGGACAAUGGCUCCGGCAUUCAUCCUGCCAACUACGAGAAUGUUGCCUUGAAGCACUUCACUUCCAAGUUGUCCAGCUACGAUGAUCUGUCUAGUCUCCACACCUUUGGCUUUCGAGGCGAAGCCCUCUCGUCUCUUUGUGCGCUUUCCAAGUUUUCUCUCGUUACCGCGCAAGUAGACGAGGCUCCCAAAGGGAAACGGCUCGAGUUUGACACGUUGGGCAGAUUGAGGUCGACCACAAUUGUUGCGGCCCAGAAAGGCACAACUGCCGCCGUUGAGAAUCUAUUUGAAAGCCUUCCCGUCAGACGCAAAGAGUUGAGCAAGAACAUAAAGCGGGAGUAUGGCAAAGUUCUAGGCCUUUUGCAUGCUUAUGCAUGCAUCGGUGUCAAUGUCAAGUUCACGGUCAAGAAUACCAUGCCAAAAAGCAAGAGCGUGUCGGUCUUUUCGACCAAAGGCAAUGCCACCACACGCGAGAAUAUAGCGAACGUCUACGGUACGAAGACCUUGAGUGCCCUGGUGCCUUUGGACCUUGAGCUUGAAUAUCAGUCCACCUUGACGCAAAUGGCACGCAAGGAAAAACAUACCAGCAUACGGGUUAAGGGCCAUAUUUCUAAACCUAUAUUCGGAGAAGGUCGACAGACACCCGAUCGACAAAUGUUCUUCGUCAACGGGAGGCCGUGUGGUUUACCGCAGAUAGCGAAAGCUAUUAACGAGGUAUACAAGGCAUUCAAUGUUUCGCAAUCGCCCUUCAUUUUCGCAGACCUCCAAAUGGACACCGACGCAUAUGAUGUGAACGUCUCGCCAGAUAAGAGAACCAUAUUGAUUCAUGACUCGGUGUCGCUUACCGAGAACCUGAAGACCGCCUUGAAUGAUAUGUUCGAUCAGCAGGAACAGACGGUACCGCAGUCUCAGCUGUCAACAACCAAAUUGCCUGCCUUUCGGAAACCGAACUUCCAGCGCCAGACAACUUCAGAUUCACCAGAUGCAACCAGCCGCCGGACUUCACUCUCGGAUAUCACCGAGCUGCGCGAUGAUGGGCAAGACGAAGACGAAGAAGAAUUAGUUCAGCCGCGUUUUAAGGACUCGCUCUUUCGAGACCACUUCCAAAACUUGGCUAGUACAAGAGAGGAGCUUGUACCAAUCGAGAAGCGACAGACGAAUACACGAAAUGCUCAGGAAAAACGAGCCGAAAAGAUUGCCCAGCAGAUCGCCGAGCACGAAGCUCAACGGAUGGAAGAGUACGACGAUGUCCGGGAGAUCGAUAUACCAAGUCAGCAGACCGCGACCGACGAAGAGGGGGAGGAGGAGCCGUCCCAGGAUAAUCCCACCAAGAUACACGCCCAAGACUUCAACGCAAGAAUGGCUGAAGCUCAGUCAACGUCGCGAAGCCAGCCAAAUCCACGAGUGGGACUGCCACAGCAAUCUCCGGAAAUGGCAACUGUGCCACAGCCCAAGAAUUCCGAAGCAAAAGGGGUUGUGGUCAAUGCUUUUGAUCGCAUGAGGCCGAAAAGAGUCCCCACAGAAGUAGCCACGGUCACGGUUGGAGAUCAGACGUUUACCACGAUACUAGGUAGUCAGCCGCCCAGAUCGCAGGGCGUUGGAAGAAGCCCUGAUACUGUGGCUGACGGAGGUCGGGGAAGGAAAUGUGCAAAAAGCCCGGGCACGCGACAAUUUUCUCAACAGUUACGCAGAUUCGGUGUUGGAGGGCCUGAAACUGCGGAUGAGCAGGAAGCUGAAGAUGAGGAAGCAGACGUGGAGUCAGAAGCUCAAGAAAGUGCCGCAGGUGAGAAUGAAGAAUCUGAGGCUGACGACGAAAUUGACGCAGAUAUGGCGAGUCCCCAUGGAGAUGACGGUAUCGACGAACGAGCCACUCCCCUACAAGAUGGCGACAAUCGAGGCGAUGACGACUAUAUCGAUGAAGAAGAAAAAAAGAAGGCUGAAGACGCCAAGGUCGAAGAGCUCAUUCGAGCGGCCGAAGCCAGCUCUGCUCUACCAAGCAAAGAGAAUCUGAAGAGAGCGACAAAAGCCCUUGCUGGUGGGCUGACGAGGGAUGCAACGACAAACUUGCUGGCAACGGUCAACCUCUCUAUCUCAUCACUAGCAUCUCAGGUACGCGACUAUGGUGACAUUGUAAAUGGGAAAACGACCUUGAAGCCACGUGCGGAUGGAUGUGAGGCAGGACUCGCGCAGGACAUUGAAGCCCGACUCUCGUUGACGGUCUCGAAACCCGACUUUGCAAGAAUGAGAAUUGUCGGGCAGUUCAACCUUGGUUUCAUCCUUGCGGUUCGACCUGCCCGUUCGAAUGUUGGAGAGAAUGAUCAGUCAAUGCAGGAUGAACUGUUUAUCAUCGAUCAGCAUGCUUCUGACGAAAAGUACAACUUCGAGAGACUACAAGCCGAGACAGUUGUCGGCAACCAACGACUUGUGCGACCAGUAAGACUUGAUCUAACCGCCGUCGAAGAAGAGAUUGUCUUCGAGAACAACAGUGCUCUAGAGAAGAAUGGGUUCCUGGUGGAGAUCGACACUAGCGGAGAAAGCAUGGUUGGACAACGAUGCAGCCUCGUCAGCCUCCCCUUAAGCAAGGAAGUUGUUUUUGGGAUUCGAGACCUGGAGGAAUUGAUCCAAUUGCUCGCUGAAUCCACCAGCUUUGGAGAGGCUGGGGUCCCCAGACCAAGCAAAGUCAGAAAGAUGUUUGCGAUGCGCGCGUGUCGAUCGAGUAUCAUGAUCGGCAAGACAUUAUCCACGAAGCAGAUGCAGAAGGUGGUGGCGCAGAUGGGGACUAUCGACAAGCCUUGGAACUGCCCUCACGGACGGCCGACCAUGCGACAUGUCUGCACUCUGAGCACCCUGCAGUCAUGGCGUGAGGGGGUUGAGCAACACGAGGAAGAUCAUGUUGGCCUGAGAGAGGCACUUCAUAAGUACGUCGAGAUCGACUGA